GGAGGUCGUUAAACUCGCGCGAUGUGAAACCCAGGGACCCUCGCUGCAAAGGUUUCCGGGCCCUUUCCUAGGGAAACGUCACGAGAAGGGGAGGCGGCCCUCCUGUUGAAGGUGAUUCUGGCUGUUGAACUCUCAUCAGAUGUGUUCCUUGUAAAGUCACUGAGCUCUGUUGGCACUGCCAGAAAGCUAUCAAGGUUUGCACUUGAGGAAGCAAGACAGAGAGAAAGAGUAGGCUUAUCUAGACUUGUGGCCAAAGUCAGAAGAUUAGAAGCCCAGGAGCCGUGAUACUGCAAUAAAAAUUAAAGGUGCAACCAUGCCAAAGAAGACACGCAAGCGAGUUGUGCUGACUGAAGAAGAGCGAGUGCUCAUGAUGCAACAGAAGCUUCUGGCUGAAGAAGAGCUCAAUAAGAAAAAGGAGGACAUGUUGGCCCAAUUUCUUAAGGAUAAGCUGGCUAAAGAGGAGCGUAACAGCGUUCUGAACAUGAACAAGAUCACACUCCAGUGGCGCACAGUGCUCCGUGAAGUCAAGGCUAGGGAGCUGCGCAAGGACAUCGAGAUCCUGAGCCAGACCUUUGAACGAGUCGUGGACUGCAAGGAUAGCGUCAUUAAGUCCCUUGCCAAGGAUCUUGAUGAAGCAGAGGCGCAAUACACACACGCUCUGCGUAGCCAUUUGCACAACAUAGAUGAGCUGUUGCAGCUUCAGUGCUGCCGCCUGGGCUAUCUAGAGGAGGAUUACAACGCCGAGCUAGAGGCACUGCAGAAGGAGUUUGACACAGAGAGGAGGAAGAUUAUUGAGUAUCACGAGCAGGAGAUCCGUUACCUUCAGGACGUGCUGCUGGCUAUGGAACAAAACUUUGGGGAGAGCGAAUACGAGGCCAAGCUUGACUUCCAGAGCACAAGAGAUGACAUCAAGAACAAGAACUUGGAAGAGAAGCAUUAUCUGCGCAUGCAGUUAGAGGGUAAAGUGGAGGAGCUGUGGAAACGCUUCCAACAGGCCUUGCGUAACUACACUGAGGCGACAGAGGACCGUAAGAUCGCUUUUGAAGCCCUCAAACUAAAGGAUGAGAAGAGCACAAAGGAAAUAGAGAUGCAGAUGAAAAAAUUGCAGAAGAUGCAAGACCUCAUCCUCUCGCUGAAGAAUAAGAUUGCAGCUCAUGUGCGGGAGAGCGAAGAACAAAACCGGCGGAUCCGUGAUGAGAAGGAGGUGGUGUUGAAGCAGCUACAGAUGCUCAAGAGUGAGAUGAACCAGGCAAGAGCCAAGGCCCGCAGCAAUCUUGCAAAGCUCACCGUGGAGAGUUGUGCUACUCUCAAAGUGCUGCAGCGUGUGGUGCAGAAGGGAGAGCUGAUCCUACGCCUGGCUGAGAUGUGCCGCAAAUUGGAGUCUGAAGAGGAGAAGGUGUUGCCUUUUUAUGCCUGUUCCCUGGGCUGGGAGGAACAGAAGACUGUAGAUCAGGUGGCCCUGGAGAAACCAAUUGAGCCACUAGCUCAGAUGAUGGACGAUUACGUGGGACUGGAACGCUUCUGGCAAAGGUACAAUAAGGUGAGGCUGGAGCAGCUCUCGCUGCAGCGCACAAAAGCGGCACUGGCCGAGGACAACCGAAAGCUGCGGCACCUGCUCAAGCAAUACCUGGAUGGCAUCUCCGUGAAUGAUGAAGUUCUAAGCCAGAUCAACCCACUAAUGAUCGUCAACCAGCAUAAUGUUGCGCCCCCUCUGCCUCACACGGUGCCCGUCACUGAAGCCCGGGUCAAGCGGCCCGUCUAUAACAUAGUAGAAGCAGCACACGAGGUCAAGCAUAUCCUCUGAGCUACUCACAGGGGAUUUUCAUUCUUCUGUCCCCAUGGCAGGCCCCUAGGAGUUAGGAAAAGCCAAGCAAUUCAUGUUUGGGGAUCUCUUGUGGACAGAUAUUCUCUUAGAAAAUGGCUAUUAAAAAGUCAAACAUAGCUGAACGAUGCAUCUUAAGAGCUUUCCUCUCACAGGAAGGCCAGCAGGCCGACAGAGAUUGGGCCCCAAAUAGCAAAAAAUAGGGCUGGAAAGGACCGAAAAGGGGCCCAAAAUGGUCAGGAUCGGGCUGCUGCUGAGCGGGAGAGUGAUCCACCACCCGUCAGAGGCCCGAUCUUGGCUGUUCCGGCCCCAAUCCAGGCUGAAAUGGGCCUAAAUGGCCGAGAGUCAGGUGGGCGGGUCCACCUGACAUGCGACAUCUUUGGGGAAGUGCCGGAACUGCGUUCCUGCAUGUUUCUCCUCAAAAUGAGCCCUGGGCCUAAAUCCAUCCUACAGCAUUCAGUAUGUGUGAAU